UCUGUCCGGCUGAGACCCCGGAGGGUCAGGCCGUGGGUCUGGUGAAGAACCUGGCGCUCAUGGCGUACAUCAGCGUUGGCUGCUCGCUGUCGCCUAUCCUGGAGUUCCUGGAGGAGUGGGCCAUGGAGAACCUCGACGAGAUCGCGCCGCACAUGAUCGCGCAGACCAACUGCACCAAGGUGUUCGUGAACGGGAACUGGGUGGGCGUGCACCGCGACCCCAACCGGCUGGUGCAGACGCUGGUGCACCAGAGACGGGCGCUAGACAUCGACGUCGAGGUGUCGGUCGUGCGGGACAUCAAGGGCAGGGAGCUACGACUCUACACGGACGCGGCGAUGUGCCGGCCGCUGUUUGUGGUGGAGAACAACCGCCUUCGCAUCCGUAAGAAGCACAUCAACGACCUGCACGACCCCAACUACGGCUGGACGAACCUCAUGCAGCAGGGCGUGGUGGAGUACAUCGACACGGAGGAGGAGGAGACGACGAUGGUCGCCAUGGAGCCCAAAGACCUCGAAGAGUCCGGCGGGUACUCGAGCACCUACACCCACUGCGAGAUCCACCCUAGCAUGAUCCUCGGCGUGUGCGCCUCGAUCAUCCCCUUCCCGGACCACAACCAAUCCCCGCGAAACACCUACCAGUCGGCCAUGGGGAAGCAGGCCAUGGGAAUCUACGCGAGUAACUACCAGCUGCGAAUGGAUACCCUGGCGCACGUGCUCCACUACCCGGAGAAGCCUUUGGUGACGACGCGUGCCAUGGAGCACCUCCACUUCCGAGAGCUCCCGUCGGGGUUCAACGUGAUCGUGGGCAUCAUGGUCUACUCGGGCUACAACCAGGAGGAUUCCCUCAUCAUGAACCAGAGCGCGGUGGACCGGGGGCUGUUCCGAUCGUCGUUCUUCCGGACCCUGAACGACCAGGAGAAGGCUGGACGAGGCAUGGGUGACAUGGCAGUCCUCAGCGCGGAGAGCUUCGAGCGACCGGCGAGGGAGAACACCGCCGGCAUGAAGCACGGCAACUACGACAAGCUCGAGGAGGACGGGCUGGUCGCCCCCGGCACCCGAGUGUCGGGCACGGACGUGCUCAUCGGCAAGACGACGCCGCUCGGCGGAGGCGUUUCAGGGGUCACCGGCGGGCCGGGGCACCGGAGCAAGAAGGACUCGAGCACGGUGAUGAGGUCGCACGAGGACGGCAUCGUUGACCGGGUGAUGCUGACGACUAACCAGGAAGGGUUCAAGUUCUGCAAGGUUCGAAUCCGUAACGUGCGCGUCCCGCAGAUCGGCGACAAGUUCGCCUCGCGGCACGGGCAGAAGGGUACCAUCGGGAUGACCUACCGGCAAGAGGACAUGCCCUGGUCGAUCGACGGCAUCGUUCCCGACAUCAUCGUUAACCCGCACGCCAUCCCCAGCCGGAUGACNAUGACAGCUGCUGUGUGUCUUGUGGGCGUGCUGACGGGAACGGAAGGCGACGCCACGCCUUUCACGGACGUGACCGUGGCGAACGUGAGCAGCACCCUGCACAAGAUCGGCUUCCAGAAGCACGGCAACGAGGUCAUGUACAGCGGCCACACUGGCCGCAUGCUCAACACAAAGGUAUUCCUGGGGCCGACGUUCUACCAGCGCUUGAAGCACUUGGUGGACGACAAGAUCCACAGCAGGAGCAGGGGGCCCGUGAUGAACCUGACGCGGCAGCCGAUGGAGGGUCGAGGGCGCGACGGAGGCUUGCGCAUGGGGGAGAUGGAGCGGGACUGCCUGAUCAGCCAUGGCUGCGCCAACUUCUUGAGAGACCGGCUGUUUAUCAACUCGGACGCGUACCGGGUGCACGUGUGCGACAAGUGCGGCCUGAUCGCCGUGGCGAACCUCCGGAAGAUGAGCUUCGAGUGCCGGGGCUGCAAGGGCAAGUCGGACGUCUCGCAGAUCCACGUGCCGUACGCUUGCAAGCUCCUGUUCCAAGAGCUGAUGGCCAUGUGCAUAGCACCGCGCAUGUUCGUCCGCGCGGACGCCGGGGCGGCGCAAGUCCAGUACUAGUUAGAUGUUGUGUUGGUGAAAUUUGGAGUUUUGGGGUGGUGGUCAUGAGGCUCGGGAUCACCGGUAGGCCCGUCGGUGUUGCCAUCAAACUGGGGGGCGCCGCGGACGGUAACCAUCACGUAUGGGCAUGCCGUCAAGGAUUGUGUGCUGCCGAAAAGACUGCCGUAAAUGGCACCAUGAGGGAGAGUCGUGGGGACAGUGCCUCUUCCGCGUGCGUGCGUGUGUGCGCGUCUCCUUUGUAGAGGGUGUGUGAUGUUUUUCCCGCUUGGAGGCUCGCCUGAAGUUCAGGGGCCCUCAAUGGUUGUGGUCAUUGAACACAUGGGAGUUAUGGUUUCGGCGUCGCGCCGUGCUGCGACAGACUUGUCGAAUUUGCACGUCUUGCGGCGGUGUUGUGCUAGGCCUCUUGUUCUGUAGUGUGGUGUCGGCGUCGUCGGUGGAGUUCAAAACUUCCUUGCGCGGACCUAAAAGAGGGAGGGCGCGUUGUGCAGGCUUUGCGUAUUUCCUCAUAUUGGAUGAUCGAAAUCUUUGGACCGCCUCGGUUCUCUCUUUGUCUCUCUCGUAUUGGUUACGUCGCUCUGUAGUAGACGGGGCUGCUGGCCGUAGUCGAGAGGGGGAAAUAGCCUGUGUAACGGUGUUUGACUGGUCCAUGGUGUAGGUGGCAUGGCUGAUUGUGCAUCGGACACUACAAACAACGAUUUCAACAAUUAUGCCCAAAGCACGCACCGGGUUUGACCCA